CAAACAUUUGCUUCGCUUUUUAAUCUCUUGAUUCUUGGCUGUAUCAGGUUAAGGCUCUCUUUGCCUCUCCAUUUAGCGAAACCAAACAAAAAAUGGUCUAUGUCUAAAUGUUUACGCGCCAAAUAUAAAUUUCUAAAUUGAGAAACAACGUGAUAGUAUUAUUAAUGAAAAUGCUUGAGCAGGCUCUCGAUGAUAACAUUUCUGAAAACGAUGAUGAAGAAAGUUUCUUCCAAGACGUUGACAUAUUGCAAAAGCAUGGCAUUAACGUAGCAGACAUAAAAAAACUAAAAGCUGCUGAUACCAAAGUAGAAAAAAUCAAAGAAGCGUGUCAAAAAGUUGUAACACUUGGAUUUAUGACUGCUUUAGAAGUUAGUGAUCGGCGCAAACAAGUGUUCAAAAUAAGCACCGGUAGCACGGAACUAGAUAAGCUGCUAGCUGGCGGAAUUGAAUCAAUGGCAAUAACAGAAGUUUUCGGCGAGUUCCGUACAGGAAAAACUCAAUUAUCUCAUACAUUAUGUGUUACGACUCAAAUCCCCAAUUCUAAAGGUUACCAAGGCGGGAAAGUAAUGUUUUUGGACACUGAGCAUACGUUUCGUCCAGACAGGCUAAGGCCCAUCGCGGACAGAUUCAAUUUAGAUCAGAAUGCAGUUUUAGACAAUGUUUUAUACGCAAGAGCCUACACGUCAGAGCAUCAGGCUGAGCUUCUAGACUACGUCGCGGCAAAGUUUCACGAAGAGGCCGGCGUUUUCAAGCUGCUCAUCAUAGACUCCAUCAUGGCACUGUUCAGGGUAGACUUCUCAGGACGAGGCGAACUUGCCGACAGACAGCAAAAACUAGCGCAAGUGCUGUCACGUUUGCAAAAGAUAUCGGAAGAAUAUAAUGUAGCAGUCUUCAUAACAAAUCAAAUGACUGCGGAUCCAGGAGCGACUCUUACUUUUCAAGCCGAUCCCAAGAAACCUAUAGGAGGAAAUAUUUUAGCUCACGCAUCAACCACAAGAAUAUCACUAAGAAAAGGGCGAGGGGACAACAGAAUCGCAAAGAUAUAUGAUUCACCGGAUUUACCUGAGAGCGAAGCUACAUUUGCUAUUACGAACGGAGGUGUUGCCGAUGCAAAAGAUUAAUAAAUAAUUUAAUAUUCA